CCCUGGUCGGACGUAUCAAUGCCUAGGGGAUAAAUAACGCGAGUGUAAAUUAAAAAAAAAUUACGUAAUGAAGGUCGAUAUGAGAGUUCAAAAGCGGUAAUGCAAUGAGCGACGUGCGUUAUGCCACCUAUUUACUUGAUCGUGUUAUUGACAGUGCUGGACUUGUGUGUGCCACUGUACCACGAUCAGUUUGCACUGCUCGUACCAGAUGGACGUGCAGAUCAACUGGCCCAUAGACAUGGCUUUAUCAAUCAUGGGCAGAUCGGGAACCUGAAACAUUUCUACUUAUUCUCACAUCCACAUCUGAGUAAGAGAUCUGUAAACGCAAGCAAAGAUUAUGAAGUACGACUGAAAAAUGAUCCUCAGGUGAGAUGGGUUAUGCAGCAGCGCGAGUUGAGAAGAGUGAAGAGAGACCAACGUCCUCGGCACGUGAUGCGUCAGUCGCCGCUGUCAUUCCCAGAUCCUCUAUUUAAGGAGCAGUGGUACCUGAACGGCGGCGCCGCAGAUGGCCUGGACAUGAACGUCGGUAUCGCUUGGCGCAAGGGUUACACGGGAAAGGGGGUCGUUAUAACGAUACUGGAUGACGGCAUUCAACCCAACCACCCGGAUCUUUUGCAGAAUUACGAUCCUGCUGCUUCGACAGAUAUAAAUGGAAAUGACACCGAUCCCACGCCGCAGGACAAUGGCGAUAAUAAACAUGGCACCCGUUGUGCCGGCGAAGUCGCUGCGGUUGCCUAUAACAAAUAUUGUGGUGUAGGCAUCGCAUACAAUGCUAGCAUAGGAGGCGUGAGAAUGCUGGAUGGCCUAGUUAACGAUGCAGUGGAAGCUAAAGCGCUCGGAUUCAAUACUCACCACAUAGACAUUUAUAGCGCUUCCUGGGGACCCGAGGACGACGGAAAAACCGUCGACGGACCUGGCCCCUUAGCUAGAAGGGCUUUUAUAAAUGGAGUCACAAAUGGCAGGGGAGGAAAAGGUUCUAUUUUUAUAUGGGCAUCGGGAAACGGUGGAAGGCAUACCGAUUCCUGUAACUGUGAUGGUUACGCUAAUAGUAUAUUUACGAUAUCAAUAUCUAGUGCUACUCAAGGUGGUUAUAAACCUUGGUAUUUAGAAGAAUGUUCGUCUACUUUAGCCUCGACUUAUAGUUCGGGUACCCCUGGCAGAGAUAAAAGUGUUGCAACUGUCGAUAUGGAUGUUCAAUUACGGCCAGAUCAUAUUUGCACAGUUGACCACACAGGUACGUCAGCAUCUGCACCAUUAGCAGCCGGAAUUUGUGCACUCUCAUUAGAAGCUAACUCAUUAUUGACAUGGCGGGAUAUGCAACAUCUGAUCGUAAUGACAUCCAGAUCACAGCCAUUAGAAAAAGAGGAAGGGUGGAUUGUUAAUGGAGUAAAACGAAAAGUAAGCCAUAAAUUUGGUUAUGGACUCAUGGACGCAGGUCAAAUGGUCUCACUAGCGGAACAAUGGGUAAAUGUACCGCCGCAACAUAUAUGUAAGUCACAAGAAAUAAAUGAAGACAGGUCUAUUGAAACUUCUUUUGGCUAUACAAUAUCCGUUCACAUGGACGUAAAUGGCUGUAGUGGCACAAUGAACGAGGUCAGAUUUUUGGAACAUGUUCAAUGUAAAAUUUCACUAAGCUUUUUUCCAAGAGGAAAUUUACGGAUACUGCUUACUUCGCCAAUGGGAACUACGUCCACCUUAUUAUUCGAGAGAACUCACGAUGCGACUAGUUCCAACUUUGAUGACUGGCCUUUUUUAAGCGUACAUUUUUGGGGUGAAAACGCCGAGGGUCGAUGGACACUUCAAAUAAUAAACGCGGGAAAUAAUCACGUCACCCAACCGGGUGUGUUGAAAAAAUGGCAGCUUAUUUUUUACGGAACAGCCACGAAUCCGAUACGAUUGCAAAAUAAAAGUUAUUUCAACUCGAUUAAUGUUCAACAAGAUGAAAAAACCUAUCACAUUAAUGACAUUUAUGACGCGUCUGAAUAUUCGCAAUUUCUCAAUGAAAUCGAACUUGGCGUUUCGGAUAGGCGUAGCUAUACGAAAAAUAUUCCAUCGGCCCAGAGAAAAAACGUUUUAGCGGAUGCUAAUGAUAAGCAAGUGCAGAGGAUGUGCGAUCCUGAAUGUGAUUCGCAAGGUUGUUAUGGAAAGGGGCCAACUCAGUGUGUCGCAUGUAAGCAUUACCGUUUAGAUAAUUCAUGCGUGUCAAGAUGUCCACCGAGAAGUUUCGUAAAUCAAGGCGGUGUGUGUUGGCCUUGUCACGAGUCAUGCGAAACUUGCGCUGGAGCUGGCCAAGAUUCUUGCCUUACUUGUGCUCCUGCACAUUUACUUGUUGUCGACCUAGCUGUAUGCCUCCAGCAAUGUCCUGAUGGUUAUUAUGAAGAUCAAGAUGCUAAUGCUUGCUUUCCCUGUGCUGAGCAUUGCGAUACCUGCUCGGAAAAGGCGGACAUGUGUUCUUCAUGUGUUCAUAGCUAUGUUCUACAUAAUGGAUCAUGUUUAGCUAUUUGUCCUCCUGGUACAUAUCAAAACGAAAACUUCGGUUGUAUGCAAUGCCACGAAUCAUGCGAAUCUUGUAACGGGCCAAGUGAAACAUCGUGUAUAUCGUGCCGAAUUGGAGAUUAUGCGUUUAAAGGUCGUUGUUUAUCUAAAUGUCCCGCCGGGAAUUACGCGGACAUUCAAAAGAGAGAAUGCAUACCGUGCCCGAUUGGAUGUUUAAUUUGUACAUACGCAAUUUGUUCUGUUUGCCAAGAGAAAUGGAUUCUUACUAAAAGAGGAAACUGCCAGCCGAAUGGAAAUGAUAAAUGCGAUACCAACGAAUAUUAUGAAGGAGGGCGUUGCAAAAAUUGUCAUUCCACUUGUGAGAAAUGUAGCGGACCAAAUGAGUGGGACUGUUUAUCUUGUUCAAGCCCGUUGUUAUUGCAGGGAUCGAGAUGCGUUGCGGAAUGUGGACAAGGUUUUUAUCAGACAGCUGGAAGUUGUUCUAAAUGUCCUCACACUUGCACGAAUUGCGUGUCAAGGUUAAAUUGUACUGCGUGUGCGGGUGCUUUGAGAUUGCAAUCUGGGACAUGUCGGGCAACAUGCGCUCCUGGAUAUUACCCUGAUGAAGGAACUUGCUCCAAAUGCUACUUAUCCUGUGAGACCUGUACCGGUCCAAGAAGAGAUCAAUGUGCAUUAUGUCCGCCAGAUUGGAGGCUAGCAGCUGGAGAGUGUAGACCAGAAUGUCCCCAGAAUUUUUUCCCAUGGGGUGAUAGUUGUAGAAGAUGCCAUCAUUAUUGCCAAGACUGUCAUGGUGCUGGACCACAACGGUGUACAUCCUGUCCACCGCAUUUCUCCUUAGAAAGUGGGUUAUGUGUUGAGUGCCUUAGUUCUCAAUAUUAUGAGCCUAGAACGAGGACAUGCCGUCCAUGUCAUGAUUCCUGCAGGUCUUGUUCUGGGCCUGGGCCUACUAGUUGUGUAACUUGUGCACAUCCAUUGCGCUUAGAUAGAGUGAAUCACAAAUGCCUGCCGUGUUGCACAGAGAGCAUGGUUACGUUGUAUUUGAGUACAAACCAAUCAUCCGACUGUUGUCAUUGCGAUAGGGAUGUGGGUGGUUGCCUCAAUGAAUCUUCAGCUGGUAAGAGGCGCAUUGCGGAGAACAUAGGGGCUCGUAUGACUGCGUCUUUUUUUGUGGACGACGCAAAGGACACGGGGAAUAUACUUCGUGAUCGUGAUUUAUUGAUCAUUUUGAGUGUAGGAGCGACAGUUGUUCUCAUAUCUAUCGCGAUGAUCGCUCUGAGGUUCAGAUCAAAAAGACGCAAGCAUCUUAAAGUAUUUCCUAGGACAAUUUAUUCACAACUAACAUCCGUAGAUGAAGACUACACAUCAGUAAGUUUGGCACACACCGCUUUGAGAAUCAAACCAAGCGAAAACCACGUGAGAGAAGAACCAACAUAGCAACUUAAACCUUAAGUCAAUACGUUUAGAAUAAAUUUACAUUGCAGACUGAUAUAUAGAAGAUUCUAUAGGUACCUUUUAUUAUGUAUAUAAAGUUACUCAAAGGCCGUAAUUAUUUUAAAAAAAAUUGGCGAAUAUUAUGUGUUGAAUUUUUUAAUGUACGAAUUUUUUAUUAAUUAAAUCGAAUCUUAAUAUUGACUGCGUAUC